AUGGCGUCUAAUAAAGCCUUCACUGUCAUUCAACUUGAGACAGAUUAUUAUGCCAUCCUCGGGGUCUCCGUCAAUGCAACGUAUGAGGAGAUAAAGCUCGCGAGGAAUGAGCAGGCCAUGAACAAUGACCCAGAUAAAUCGCAAGCAGCAGAUGCUCACGACAAGAUGCGAUUGAUCAACGAGGCGUUCGAAAUUCUAGGCAGCAUCGAAGACCGGAGAAGCUACGAUAGCCAGAGAGAUUUCGGUGGACAGACAACGCGUAAUACAUCGAAUCGCAAUGAGAAGUGGAAGAAUGCAGGAUCCCCCCCUGCUACACGUGCGGGAAAUGAACCGUGGAAACGUCCUCCGCCACCAUCAACGGAUGGGUUGGGUACUGGUCGUUACGAUACUUUGGGAAGACAGCAUGUAGAUGGUCCAAGACCAAAUGCAGAAGAAGCUCGAGCAGCACAUCUCGCGGCGUACAAAGCAAGGAUGAAUGCGAAGAAAGUACUGGGAGAGCGCUAUGGAUGCUUGGAUGAGCGUGGAAGAUGGAAUUACCACAUUGGAGAAUAUUGA